AUCACGGAAAACGCAAAAUGGUACGAGUACGAGUACGCGCGCGCAAACGUCAAACUUGAGCGCAAGACCCGCCCUUCAAUCCUAUAUAAAUUCAGAAUCCCCGCCGCCCGCGGCUUUCCAAGACUCAAAACUGAAACAGAUAACAGAACACCGCAAACCGGCAGCGGCACACAAAGCACCACAGCUCGCUGCCCUUAUACUCUGCCUCAUAUUUCAACUCUCUUCUUCUUCUUCUUCUUGCUUUUGUAUUCUCUGGGUCACUCUCUACGGUCAAUACAUCACAAGUUAAGGUUUUGGGUUUACUAAACCGCCAUAAAGCUGCUUCCCUCAUUGAUAAAUUCUUCCCCAAUGGCACUUCGUUUCGAGGUUUUGGGGAGGUUUAACCGUGCUCGUGCAGCUAGACUGACCCUGCCUCACUUCGUGUGCCAGACACCGCUUUUCAUGCCCGUUGGAACGCAAGGAACUAUAAAAGGGUUGACAACUGAACAGCUUGAAGAUAUUGGUGCUCAAAUAAUACUUGGGAAUACGUAUCAUUUGGCACUUCGUCCAACCUCCGAGCUUCUUGAUGAGUUGGGAGGUCUCCACAAAUUUAUGAACUGGCCAAGAGCAUUGCUUACUGAUUCUGGUGGCUUUCAGAUGGUAUCAUUAUUGCAUUUAGCUGACAUCACCGAAGAAGGUGUAACAUUUCAGUCACCAGUUGAUGGAAAGCCAAUGCUCUUGACACCUGAGGAGUCAAUUCAAAUCCAAAACAGAAUUGGUGCAGAUAUUAUUAUGGCCCUCGAUGAUGUAGUCAAAACCACCAUCACCGGUCCAAGAGUUGAGGAGGCUAUGUAUCGCACUAUACGAUGGAUAGAUAGAUGCAUUGAAGCUCACAAGAGACCAACGGAGCAGAACUUAUUUGGUAUUGUACAAGGUGGCUUAGAUCCUGUACUAAGAGAUAUAUGUGAGGGCUUGGUGAAUCGAAAUUUACCCGGCUAUGCUAUUGGCGGUCUUGCUGGCGGUGAAAGUAAGGAUUCAUUUUGGCGUGUGGUUGCACAGUGCACUGCUGCAUUGCCUGAGGAGAAACCACGAUACGUUAUGGGUGUUGGUUAUCCGCUGGAUAUUGUAGUUUGCAGUGCUCUAGGUGCUGAUAUGUAUGACUGCGUUUAUCCUACACGUACUGCUCGCUUUGGUACAGCUCUUGUACCCGAGGGAGUGCUGAAACUCAAACACAAGGCGAUGGCUGAAGAUACCCGUCCUGUUGAUCCUACAUGUGAUUGUAUGGUCUGCAAAAAUUAUACUAGAGCUUACAUUCAUUGCCUGGUUACAAAAGAUGCUAUGGGAUCUCAGCUUCUAUCAUAUCACAAUUUAUAUUACAUGAUGAAGCUAAGUAGAAAUCUGCACUCUUCAAUAAUCGAAGGAAGGUUUCCAGAGUUUGUAUGCAACUUUCUGCAACAAAUGUUUCCGAAAGGUGAUGUGCCCGAGUGGGUGUGUGAUGCCAUGGAGGUUGCUGGAAUCGAUAUUUCUUCCUGCUGCACUCCAUUUUCAUCGUCCCAAGAUUAGAAGUAGGAAUUUACAGCGCACACAGGUUCGGCUUAAUCAAAUUUUGCUAGAGAAGAGGUUGACAUAGAAGAAGGGUAAACUAGGUAAGGGAGGCGUAAAAUUGUUUGCCCUUGAUUUGUUUCACUAGAAAUUACAGGAUGAUCUCCUCCAAUUUUGUCUUAACUAAUUGGUCAAACACAGAGCAGCUAAAAACUGCAAGAUUUAGAGUGCUGGAAAUUUGUUUUAGAAUAGCACCUAACAAAGAUUACCUUUCCAUUUUUGUUCCCUGUCUUCACUUCUUGUAACUUAAAACAAUAUGAAAUCAAAUGCAGUUAAAGUACUAAA